UCCUGAAGGCAUCGGUUACGACCUGCAAGCAUGAGCUCCUCCAAGCAAUGGGAUAUCAGCAAAGCUCUCGCCAUAGCCAGCGCGUUCCACCUUUUCCAUAAUAUCGGAAAGUUCUGCGCGAUACCCUUCCUAACUAUCUACUUCCGACACCUUGGACUGAGCGCCCCUCUCGUUGGCGUCAUAAUAGGAGUUAAACAUCUGGUUUCAGUUUUUUGGGCUCCUGGGUCCUCUUUCUUGGUCAAGACGAAAAGAAAGAGAAGGGUACUGAUUAUGAUGUCCCUGGUCUUGUCAGCAGGAGCUGGGUUGACCUUCACAUUUUAUCCACCGGCGGAUAAGGACAUUGUUUUAAGACGCUGCAACGACACCCAUUCGUGGAGAAACAGAUUAACGACGGCGGGAGCCAUGGACCUGAAUGGAUUGGAGCAGAAGGAUAUAGUCUUCGAAAGUCCUCAAACCACCCCUGCAGUGUCCACUUUACAAUCCAUUCCAAGUCUACCCCAAAAUCCUACAUCUCCAUAUGUCACUGGUAGGGAGAAUGCGGACACAACUGGCAUAAGCACUAGUGUGUUAAAUAUACACACAGAAGUGGACAGCUCAACGGAGAAAGCCCUUGGUGGUGACCGAAGAAACAUUCACCGCGUGGCUGCCCGUACUACGUCUUCUCCUCACACCCUUAAUAAAUCUGCUCAUAAGAUUAAAUCCAGGCAUGCGAACUCCGAUAUUCCCCACCAGAGUUAUUUGUUUUUUGAGGAACACAAGACGUUCUUGAUUGUCUUGGGCGUGCUACUCCUUUGGGAAGUCUUCGCUGCCCCUGUGGAAUGGACAGCUGACAACAACCUUUACGAAUACCUUGAUUUUGUGGACGCUACCGACCGGCACGGAAAGCUUUGGAUCUUCUGCUACAUGGGAGCUUGCGCAGGCUCUAGUUUCAUCACCUUGGUGGUAGACAACCUCAGCUGUUUCUUCACCGCAAACAUCCGUCCGUUCUCUCUGCAUUUCUAUGGCUACUCUGCAUUCAUGAUUAUAACUUUACUGAUUAGUCCCUGGUACCCCAUCCAUGUCUCCAAGAAGACAGAACACGCAAACAAAACAAUGAAAGCGCUGAGCCUCAUCGGAAAUGACGGACGGGUCAUCCUUAUGACCAUCACGGUCUUCUUGAUUGGAGCUGUAGGUUCCACGGCUCAGAAUUUUCUUUUUUGGAAGAUGCAGGACGUAGGCAGCACCGAGCUCUACAUGGGCCUCUCUAUCACAGUUGCCCUGCUCUCUGAAAUUGCAUUGUACGUCUUCAAAACGAAGCUGCUGAAGGCUCUGACCUUUAGGUGGACCGUAGCUGUGAGCUUGAUUUGUCUGGCCAUUCAGUUCUUGUAUUAUUCCUUUCUGUGGACUUCCUGGGCCGUGUUGCCCAUCCAGCUACUGAGCGCUCUCAGUAACGGAGCCAUGUGGUGGUCAGUAUUAUCAGUAGUAGAUGAUGUUGCCACCCCUGGUACAGAAAGAUCCCUACAGAUGGUCCUCCACUGUCUCUCCUACGGGUGCGGAGCCAGCAUAGGGAGCUUUGCCAGCGGCUUCAUCAUCAGAAGCUUCAGCCUCGCGGUGCUGUACCAGGCUUGCGCCGUAGCCUUAUUUCUGUGGGCCCUCCUAUUCUUAGUGGUUCAGCCCAGGCUUCCCCGUGUUAAGAAAAUCAACUAUUCCCGGCUUCUCGCCGCCGAUCAAAGCGACAUGAGCGAUUCCGAUGAGGACCAGGAUAAGGACUGGCUAGUAGAAGCCAUGAAAGAGGAGACGAAAUUCAGGAAGUGGUAAUUAACAGGAUAUCCAAGUCAAAUUGCAAUAAUCACUGCAAGGAGUUUACAGAUCUGCUGCUUUUGGACUGUCUUGCGAGAUGUAAAUUAUAUUGCCUGCCAACGGAUAAAAGUGUAUUUUAAUAUGUUUUAUUUUCUGUGUCCUUGAAUAAUUAUUCCAAUUAUUAACCA